ACCUCCGGCCAGGCAUGGGCUGCAGCCGUCUGCAUGCUUUCCGCGCCUGGCGUCUACCGCGACGGGGCCUUGUCUGUUAUCCGCCUGGCUGGGGCCGUAGUCGGUGCGGUCCUUGAUCCCACUUCCCGGCAAUAGAGUUACAUUGCUUUGAUAUUGGGAAGGACCCCGGACUGUUGUCGACAAUCUCAUCAUCUCCCGUUGUUGUUGCUACGGCUUCCUUUUCUGCUUAGCGAGGCCGCCUGCCUUGUUGCAUACAGGUCAAGGACCCGCAUUCAUCUAUAUAUCGUUGCCCAGCAGCCUCGUGUCGCGGCCCGGCUUUUUGCGAUGCUUGUCGACCACCUCUGACACCCCGAUUGCGCUUGCUUGACAGGAAGACGACAUCCGACUUGACCGCGAACAAUGUCAGCAAGGCACUACGGUGCUCUGACAGGACGGGAUCUCAACACUGCACCUUUCCUCUUCCCAUCUUUUCAAUGACUGGAGACAAGUCAAUCCUGCCUCCGUCGCCUCCAGCCAGUCCUCGAAUGCCCGAGACCAGAAGUCGGACUGUUGACGCCCGGUCACGCUCAAUCGUUCCGCUGGCCGCAUCAGCGGGAACAGUGGGCGAGUGGCAGUCGGCCUCGAGUUAUUCCUCAUGGGAGAGACAGCCUGUCCUCUAUCCACCGUUACAGACCACGCACGCAAGCUUGCAAAACGCUCUCCUCGUCGAUCCAUUCGUUCCAAGCUCCGCACGUCGGGGCCAUCGGCUAUCUUACGACAGUUAUGGACAUCAAGAAGGAGCGUCUUCAAUUCCACCCAUCUCUUGGAACGAGACUGCGACAGACCCUCGCGCCAGCGAUCCACCACAGCGUGUCCUUGGCCAGGAUACAGAAGGUACAGUCAACGAGCCAGACGAAUCAACGGCUCCCAGAACCGUGACGGUAGCGGAAUUGAGGGAACACAAACGAAGAUCUCAACGAUUUCGGCUCACGCAUAGUCAAACGCGCUACCUCAUGAGCGAAUUCGCCAAACAAUCGCACCCCGACACUGCUCACCGUGAGCGUCUGUCGCGAGAGAUCCCCGGACUUACACCCCGACAGGUGCAAGUUUGGUUUCAGAACCGACGAGCGAAAAUGAGACGACUAACGACUGAUGACCAAGAACGCAUGAAGAGGUCGCGCGCCCUGCCCGCAGACUUCGAUAUGAAGCAAGCACUGCACCCUCGCCCGGCUCCUCCGCUGCGAUCGAAUUCCGACCCGGCUGCUGUGUCGUCCGCAUCGGCGCAUUUGUUGCCGCUGAGCGGGGGGGAGUGGCGGUCGCAUUCGACGGCCUGGACGAGCUUGGCAGGGCAGGAGACGAGCGGAAGAGAAACACAAAAUGUGUCGAGUGCGGGGACGUCGAUGCCGUAUUUGACGGGCUCUGCGUUGGCGACGAGCAGUGCUGUUCCGUUGGGAUCGGCUUCGAGUACGAUGUACUCGCCUCCGGUGUUUGGAGCGGGACAUUCGAGGACGAUGAGCGCGAAUCUCGAUGCGACUCGACAUGUUCCGCUGACUCGGAGCGCGUUUGCUCCCGAGGCUAGAUAUCAACAGCAGCAGCAGCAGCAGCCGCCGCAACAGCAGCACCCUGGGAGUUGGGGCAGUGCUACGCAGAUGAUGCCUGGACCAGUCACCACUCCUACUACUACUAUCACGCGCGCUCGAGCCCAUACUUUCGGAUCGAUGUCGGCAGAAGGGUAUAUGUAUGGAGUGACAGACGAAAGAUCUCCUCCUUACGGAAUGGGGGGAAAUGUGAGGGCGUUGGAAAGUGAGAGUCCUUGGUACACGUAUCACGCGCCGUACCAGCAUCGGCCGCCCAUUGCUUCGACGCCAGUGUCGGAUAGGUAUCUACAGUAUCAUCACACUACGCCAUCGACGUGGAGGAAUGAAGGCAGUCGAGCAGCACCGGGAUACGAGGCACAUCCAGCGAGGCUUCAGAGACAGUCAUUUCCCCGACCAAACGAUGGGGCCGGGGAGCAAGUAUUCGAUAGCCAGGCGUGGACAGGAAGAUGAAUGGCUUAUAGUACACCUCGUGCCUCUGUCCUGGUCGCGUCUACAUUCUCUGCCUUGUUGUCAGUCAAGUUCCUGAGUGACGACGAUUGGCGGAGAAUAUAUGCGCGUGUGGCGGUGCGCGCGGGUGGCAAGCGUGGCGUGGGGUGCAAGUCCCCGCGUCACCAGCCAAUCAAUCCGACAGGGAUGCUGGAAAUCGUCUAUGCAUGCGGCAUGAUACGCUG